GUUCUACUGGCGUGACGUAGAAAAUUGGCCGUGUCUUUCUUGUUUGGAGACUCGAUGCUUCUCUCUCUCUCCCUCUGAUCAGUGGAGGGGGGAGACGAGCUAUCACACAGCGGCGGAUACCGCGUGCGACUCCGUUCUUGUGCAAAACAGAGUCGUCUCUGUUUUCUCCACCUCUCCGCUCCCUGCUGGAUCCCUUCUGGGGGGGGGGGAUAAUAACACGACACCAUUGAGUCAGCCUACGACCGUAGAGUUCUGGCUCCAUUUCGAGGCUGUUCUGAAUGACGGGCGGACGGUUCGACUUCGAUGAUGGAGGAACAUACUGCGGAGGGUGGGAGGACGGUAAAGCCCAUGGACAUGGCAUCUGUACCGGGCCAAAAGGCCAGGGCGAGUACUCCGGCUCCUGGUCGCACGGCUUUGAGAUAGUGGGGGUGUACACCUGGCCCAGCGGGAAUAUGUACCAUGGCUACUGGUCCCAGGGGAAGCGGCAUGGACUGGGAGUAGAAACCAAAGGGAAGUGGAUUUACCGCGGUGAGUGGAGUCACGGCUUCAAGGGUCGCUAUGGACUCCGACAGAGCCACAAUACACCUGCGAGGUACGACGGGACGUGGAGUAACGGGCUACAGGACGGGUAUGGGAUUGAGACCUACGGCGACGGUGGUUCAUAUCAGGGCCAGUGGAUGGGUGGGAUGCGGCAUGGAUAUGGCGUGCGCCAGAGUGUUCCCUACGGCAUGGCCACUUUGAUCCAGUCCCCGCUACGUACCUCCUUGGCAUCCCUGCGCUCCGAGCAGAGUAACGGCUCCGUGCUCCAGGAUCUCUCCGGUGACACGCCCACCGGCGGCCGCGGCGGGUUCGUCCUCAACUUCCACUCGGACGGCGAAGUGGUCACCGGGAAGAAGAAGAAGGGUCUGUUCCGCCACGGGUCACUGUUCGGGAGCCUCCGUCGGCUACACAAGUCCGAAUCGAAGUCGUCCAUCUCCAGCAAGAGGAGUUCGGCACGCAGCGACGCCGCUAUGAGCCGCAUCAGCUCCUCCGACGCGGACGCCAACUCCACCGUCUCCCUGGGCGACGGAGAGCUGCCGGAAGAGGACUUGCUAUUUGAGGAUCACGUGGAUGCCACCACCACCGAGACGUACACGGGGGAGUGGAAGAAUGACAAGCGCAACGGGUUCGGCGUCAGCGAACGUUCCAACGGGAUGAAAUACGAGGGGGAGUGGCUGAACAACAAGCGCCACGGUUACGGGUGCACCACCUUCCCCGAGGGGAACAAGGAAGAAGGGAAGUACAAGAAUAACGUGUUGGUUCGUGGAAUAAGGAAGCAGCUGAUCCCGCUAAAGAACCCCAAAACCAAAGAGAAGGUGGACCGGGCCGUGGAGGGGGCGCGGAGGGCAGGGGCCACCUCCAGGACGAAAGUGGAAAUAGCAGCUUCCAGGACGGCUCAUGCCAGGACGAAGGGAGAGGCAGCAGACCAGGCAGCUCUCUCUGCCAGACAGGAUUGUGACAUCGCUAGGGCCGUCGCUAGGGAGCUGUCUCCAAACUUCCACCAACCAGGUCCUGACUAUAUCAAGCAGGCGUUCAUGGAGGCAGUAGAUCCUGCUGAAGAGAAGAAGGAGGACAACCCCACCAGCACCGCCCAGACCCCCGGGCCCACCCCUCCCCCAUCGCCCCACAGCAAGAAGAGACCGCACAGCAACAGCGUCUCCACCUCCGCCUCCCGCAAGAUCAGCAAGGACGAAUCAUCACACAGUCGCAAUGCCAGCAAGGACGAAUCAUCACACAGUCGCAAGGCCAGCAAGGACGAAUCAUCACACAGUCGCAAUGCCAGCAAGGACGAAUCAUCACACAGUCGCAAGGCCAGCAAAGAGGAGAAGCCGGGCCUUAAGACCAGCAAGGACGAAUCAUCACACAGUCGCAAGGCCAGCAAAGAGGAGAAGCCGGGCCUUAAGAUUAGCAAGGAGGAGCGGUCGAGCAGAAAGUUGAGUAAAGAGGAGAGGGUCUCCAUCGCUGCCGAGCCUUCAAGAGCUGCUGCUCCCUCUUCCCAGAUUAGAUACGAGGAGGCUCCAGCCAAACCCCCCAAGGCCCCGGAGCCUGGCCCCACCAACGUACCACCUCCCCAGGCUGCUGCUCCGCAGACGGUGGUGGGUCCUGUUAAUGGAGUGGGACAACUCCACUCCCAGUACCAUAGCUACUACGUCAAAGCCCCCUCCAGGGGACCCCUGCCCCCGGAACCUGAGCCUGAGGAGGACGAGGAGCCCAGUCAACUGACCCUGGCACGGAUGGCCCCGCCAACCCCCAAGCCGACGCCCACCAGCGAACCGUGCAAACUCAGGAAGCAGGAUUCGCUAAAACCAAAGAGCCUGGCAGAGACCAAGAAGGCCAGUAUGGAGAUGGCUGAGGGGAAGGAGGAAGAGCAUGCUCCUAACUCUAUCCUGGUUGCUAUGGUGAUGCUGUUGAAUAUCGGCCUAGCGAUCAUAUUUGUUCACUUCCUGACAUGAUGGUCCUGUUUCUCAGUGAUGCCAUGGCAACCGGUGCAGUUGCGUUGCCGGCCCGUCAAAAUUCUAAAUGGCGGCAGUCAGACUCGGGGUGAGGCCGCGGGAGCUUGGGAAACAGCUGUGUGACAUAGGAGAGAAACAGAAGGACCCGCAGCCUGUCCUGGGUCGUCCACAGCCCUGCCUGAUCAUAAUACUCUCCUCUGGAGCCUGUGGAAGAACAAACUGAUAUGUCUGAGGGAGAUAGUAAAAACACUACAACAGAAAAUGUAAACACACACACAGACACACACACACAAACACACACACACAAACACACACCACACACACACACACACACA